AUGAGCCGGAAGCUCGCCCCCGAAGCCAAUCGGAUUCUCUUUGUCAAGAACCUCAACUACAACGUAACUGCUGAGCAACUAUUCGACCUUUUUGGCAAGUUCGGUCCUAUCAGACAAAUACGUCAGGGGAUUGCGAACAACUCGAAGGGCACUGCAUUUGUAGUAUACGAAGACGUUCACGACGCCAAACAGGCAUGCGAUAAGCUCAAUGGAUUCAACUUCCAGAACAGAUAUCUCGUCGUACUAUACCACCAGCCAGAGAAAAUGCUCAAAUCGAAAGAGGACUUGGCGGAAAGGCAAGAGAAUUUGGAACGUCUUAAACAGCAGCACGGUAUAGAAUGA